AUCAUAUGAGUGCCAGGAAUAGGGUCACUUGGAACACCAUGAUUGAUGGGUACAUUAGAAAUGCCAUGUUUGAGGAAGCAAUUGAGCUGUUCGAUGAAAUGCCUGAAAGGAACGUUGUUUCUUGGACUGCGAUGAUAGGUGGGUUUGCGAAGCACGGCCGUUUCCAAGAGGCUCUAGAGUGGUUUCAGGAUAUGCUAUCAUCUGGAGUGGAACCUGAUUAUGUGACCCUGAUACCCGCACUUUCUGCUUGUGCUAACUUGGGGAGUCUCAGUUUAGGCCUAUGGCUUCACCGCUUCAGUUUGCAGCACAAGUUGAUUGAUAAUAUCCGAGUGAACAAUACAUUGAUAGACAUGUACUGUAGGUGCGGUUGUGUUGAUUUGGCACUUCAAGUUUUCGAGCGAAUGCCCGAGAGAAGCUUAGUUUCAUGGAACUCAAUCAUUGUUGGCUUGGCAGUGAAUGGUAACGCAGAUGAAGCACUUGAACAUUUCAAUAUGAUGCAAAAGGAAGGGUUCCAACCAGAUGGAGUGAGCUAUACCGGAGCUCUGACAGCCUGCAGCCAUGCCGGUUUAGUGAAAGACGGACUGACAUUAUUCAAAACAAUGAAGGAAGUGCAUGGAAUUCCACCAACAAUUGAGCACUAUGGGUGCGUUGUUGAUCUUUAUAGCCGUUCCGGGAGAUUAGAGGAUGCAUUAAGCGUGGUAAAGAAAAUGCCAGUGAAGGCAAACAAAGUGGUAUUAGGAUCCAUGAUGGCAGCCUGCAGGGCACAUGGGGAUGUCAGGUUGGCUGAAGAAUUGAUGAGUUACAUGUAUGAGUUGGAUAAGGGUGGAGAUUCAGACCAUGUCCUGCUUUCUAACAUAUAUGCCGCAUUUGGGAGUUGGAGAGGAGCAAGCAACGUGAGGAGGAGAAUGAAGGAGCUUGGAAUACAAAAAAGACCAGGAACCAGCUCUAUUGAGGUCAGUGGUGAAAUCUACGAGUUCAUGGCUGGUGAUAGAUCACAUGAGGAUGCAGAAUUGAUAUAUGCUAUGCUGAAUAUUUUGUCUCAUGAACUGCAGAUAUUUGGCACCUUUCCAGAUUAGGUUGUUACUCGUAGGGGAUCAUCUUGAAUUCUUGAUUGCCGGAAUAGUUUUUCCCUAAAUAUUUUUAAUUUAAGACGUUUUAGUGUGUAAAUUAAAUGAUACGGAGUAGAAAACAAGCUGUUUGUGUUUGGGGAGCUUUUGCACAAUUUGUUCAGAUUGUAGUUCAAAUAGAUAAAAUGAGGUGAU